GAAAUUGGCGGGCUAAAACUAAUAUCGAUCCCCUUUUCUUUCAUUCAAAUCAAAGGCCCCUCUCGCAAAUGGAGAUCGAAACAGCGCAAUCUCCGAAGACGAAAAUGGAGUCCCUGAGAUCCAUCUGCGACAGAGAGGUUCGGGUCCAUCAACAGAACCUAGAUUCUUUUACGGCCUUGUUUCCCACUUCUCUUCAUUUCAUCAAGGCCCUGGCGCAGGAUGCUGCUCAAGCUCAUGUUAAACUCGCAAAAUUGAAAGCUAAUUUAAGAGAAGCCGAAGAUGAGCUUGUCAAAGUUUUAGCAGCGAAGACCCGUAAAGAGGCAAAGCAGAUGGCUACGAGGGACUCAACUGCUAUAAAAGCUAGAGUAGAAGAAUUUAAAAGAACCGUCCAAGUACAAAAAGCUAGGAGGGAUGAGUACGAAUCAAUUAUAUCUCAAGAAUCUCUAGCUUUGGCUAAAUUUGAGAAGGUGAGGCAUGAAAUCAAAGAAAAUGGUGAAAUCCCUGAAGCUAUUUCAUGGUACAAUCGGGUUCUUGGUUUUCAGAUCGAAGGUGGUCAUGGAGUGAAGUUCACAUUCAAUGAUAUGAAUAUAGAAAAUCCAAAGCAAGAAUAUUCUUUGACCAUUCGACAUGCAAAUGAUGCCUACUCCUUGUUGGAUUGCGAUCCACCCUUGAAUGGCAUCGGAGAGUUGAUUAAUGAGUUGAACAGAACAAAUGGCUUAUUCAAAUUUGUUAGAAUCAUGAGAGAAAAGUUUCAAGAAGCGGCAGCUCUUGGAUUGCAGCCUCAAUCAACAAGUUUUCGUCAGGGCUCUUCUGCGAUCUCUAUGUCUUGUCCGGCUUUGUCAGUUUCAACUGAUAUAAGUGAAUCUUCCACGAAGAAAAAUGAGCAUCGCGUGCCACUUCAAGAAGUAAAUAGGCAAGUCGAGGAAGUCAACUAUAGAAGUAAAUCUCCGUCCAAGGCAACUGAAAAUAAACUUUAUGAUGGAAGAUUCAAUAGAUAUUCCAAGAAGCCAAAUUAGAUAAUUUAUUGUCGGCCUCCUCUGCUUGAGGUAUUAUUUCCUAACUUCCAUAUUGUCUGCCUCGUUUUUACUUUUUGCUGACUGUGUAGCACAUAGCUUUGUAUCUGUUUGGCACCAGGUUAUGAGUAGAACAGAUCUAGUGUUGUUUUCUUUGAAGAAUAUGUCUGGGGAUAGUAGCCAAAGGGGAAGGAUUUGGAUAGCCAGGUUUCCUACUUGCAAGAAACCUGGGAAAAAGUUAAAAAGUCUGAUGCAUUGCUAACAAAACAGCAAAUUUUUUCCAUAACACCUUCGAUGCUCUAAAAUUUGUCAAUGUAUGGAGAUCGUGGUACGUUGGGUGUGGCUGGAUGGAGUUUGAGGUCUAGACUAUGGACUGUCAAACUUGGCCUGGUUUUCCUUGCCUUGCUUUCCUACAAGAUUUCUCAUGCUUUACGGUUGAAGGUGUGUCUUACAUAUUGUUUUCAAGGAACUUCUGUCUUGAAGUAAUAUGUUUAUCCAUUGGUUUUCAUCCUUCUGGGCUGGAUAUAGGUAUUAUUUUAUGGAUGAAGUGGGUUUUCCCUUUUUUGUUUUUUUAGAUUUCGUUACAAAACCUAGGCUCCCUUACCUCCUUUAGCAAAGGGGCAAGUUCAUAAAUUAUGUAGAUUAAAAAGGUAUCUGUAGGAUCAUGGGGCUAGGCGUUUGUACGCAUGACGGCGUAUGUUAAUUCUUUUUCCUACAUGUAAACUAUAUGAUAAAGAACAUUUCUAACUCAAGAUAUUGGAAAAUAAGGCAGGUAAAGAAAUUAAGGCUGCUUGAGGGCAUCUAAUGUAUCAUCAUUCUUCAGCAGCUGAUAUUUAAUGUAUUACUAGCCUGUUCUGCAGUU